AUGCAAUUUUAUCAUCAAGCCAAACUAGAUUUUACUGAAGCUCAACAAUCUUUUGAAGAUUAGCCUGUAUCCCAAACUCCAGAUAGUGAAGGAAUCUUCCAUGAGAAAACUUUCCUAUUUGUUAAAGGGGUAAGAGGCCUUAGUGAUAAGUUCUCCGAUGAGCUCUCUCAAAAGGUAAUGCAAUAGGGUGCCAAGGUGAUCUAAAUUUUCGAAGAUAUCAAGGAUACUCUAAGAGAACUGAAUUUUGUGAUAUUACCACUGUCUCAUUCAAAGGAAAGAGAUUUCUAGAAGAUAGCGAACGUAUUUCAAAUUACACCAGAUCACUUGACCCAAAUACUAGCUGAAUAUGGAAAUCAUAUAAAAAUCGUAGAUCCGUAAUGGAUAAUAAACUGCCUUGAUUAAAAUUAACUGCAGGAUUCAAGCCAAUACGAGUUAAAACUAAUAGAAAGCAGAGAUGAGAAAACCUAAGUCAAUAAGAGAUUCUAUGAUGAAAACCCUGAUAUGGCAGCCUAAACAGAAUAUGAAUAGCAAAGCUAGAUAAAAUUCACCAAUGAUAAGGAGGAAAUGCUAGUAAAAUCAGAACAAUAAUUGAGUGGUUAAAAAGGAAUAAAAAGACCUCUAGAGUCAGAAAAUUUAAUGAGAUCAUAGCAAACUCAAUUUUAAACACCUAUUAAGAGGAAGAGAUAGCUUAGUUAUUCUUAAGGGUAUACUGAGUUCAAAAGACCAAGACUGGAUCUAGAUGAGAAAAUUGAAAAGCUUGGUUUUGGAAAACUAGAUAAACUCUUUUUUCCUCCUGACUUGUUUAGCUCUGAAAAGAAAGGAAAGCCUUUAAAUGAUUAGAUCAUAUUUAGACUUUAGAAUAUGAUAGAUGAAUUCAAGAAUGAUCCUAAAGCAUUUAAAGAGGUGAAGGAUUUGCUAAAAUAAGUAAGAUAGCAUGAUAAUCCAAUCAGAGCACUAGAAGACCUUGAAGAAUUUUUUGAGAUAGAUAAAAAGAUAAAAGUAAGACUAUAGGACCUAGAUGCUGGCAAACAAUUUAAAAGAGACUACAUAGAAGAUCAUCUUUUAGACUACUAGCAAGUAUUUUGUGAGCUGCUAGAUGCAGAUGAGGAGGAUUAACUUCAAUUGACUCAGAGCCAAAGAAAUCUAAUAAAUAUAUACAAAGACCUAGAAGAAUCAUUCACACCUUAGGAGGGCGAAAAUCUAUUUAAUGAUAUUAAAAAGUGUUGCCUAACACUAAAAGAGGGAGAUCAAUUAAUGAUAGAGCUCUGUGGUGGAAUGAGAAGAGGAGACAAUGAACUUAGUUAGCUAGAUAUACUAAUCAGUAGAAAAGACGGAGAAGAUGUGAGCAAGCUGCUGCUAAAAAUAAUAGACAAGUUAGAAGAUGAUGGAAUUUUAGUAACUUAACUUGAUAAAAUGAGAGUAAGCGACACUGGUGCCUAAGGGGCCUAGAUAGUAGUCAAGUCAAUUCAAAAUUUUGAUUAGUAACUUGAACAGAAAUAGAAUAAGACCUUUGAAUCAGAAAUAGAAUUAGAAAAGCAUGAGCAGCAGGAGUAAAUGAUAUAAUAAAUGCAAUAUGUAACUAAAAAUAGAAGAGUUGACAUUCAUGUAUACCCAAGAGAAGAGUUUGCUUUUGCUUAGCUUUAUUUCACUGGACCUACCUCGUUCAUUAUGGAUAUUAGAGAUAUUGCUGAGAUUAAAGGAUACUCAAUUAAUGAUAGCAGUUUGACUAUAAAAUAGGAUACUUCUAUGAAAGUGUAAUGCUCUAGCGAAAAUGAAAUAUUUUAAAAUCUAGGCAUCAGCUUUAUAGAACCUGAAAAUAGGGUUGAUUUUAAGGAGCAUUUGUGA